ACCCGCCUCGCCCCGCCAUCUCCAGCCCAGCCGGGGCUGGCCCGGGACAGGGUCGCGGUCAAGGUCAGGGCCAAGACCAAAUCUGGCCCUGCCGGGGGCAGGCUGACCUCCCGCAGUCCCAGGCCCCCCAGUAACCUGUCCGAGGGACCGCCCCCAUCCCGCCCCUCCCUGGGGCGGUCCGCCCAUGCCCCUGCCCCUCCUUCGGGCGUCUCGUCUGGUCCCGGAGCCCUCAGACAGCCAGGCAGGCUGGCCGGCAAGCAGGCGGGGGCCGGGGGUGCAGCCGCGCCUGGCAGAUGGACCCACGAACCCCCAGACCCGGCGCCAUGUCUCACGGCCCCGGAGUCAUUCGCACCACGUGCAGCAGCAGUGGCAUCUUCGGCAUGGGCGCGCCUCCACCGGGCCCCGCGCCAGUCCCGGGCCCGGCGCCGGUCCCGGGCCCCUCCGAGGUGAUGCUGGCCCGCGGUUACCCCGCCACCUACCCCGCCUUGCUCAAGGUGGCGCAGAUGAUCUCCCUCCUCAUUGCCUUCAUCUGUGUGAAGAACUCCUUGUGGACUGACUAUAGCGCAUACAGCUACUUUGAAGUGGUCACCAUGUGUGACCUGCUGAUGAUUCUCAUCUUCUACCUGGUCCAUCUUUUCUGCAUCUACAGGGUGUUCACCUGUAUCAGCUGGCCACUGGCGGAACUUCUCCAUUACUUAAUUGGUACCAUCCUCCUGCUGAUUGCAUCCAUUGUGGCAGCGUCCAAGAGUUACGGCAUAGACGGCCUCAUGGCCGGAGCGGUCUUUGGCUUCCUGGCUACUUUCCUAUGCACAGUGAGCAUCUGGUUAUCCUACAAGAUCUCAUGUAUAAACCAGGCCACAGCUGCAACUGUGUGAUGGCGUCACUAGGGAUGCCUCAUAGCCCCUGGGAGGAAGAGCCCCCGUGGGGCCGAAGGGGAAGCCAGCCAGGAUGACCAGCCGUCAUUGGCGCGAUGAAGAAAGGCCUCUGAAGCAAAGGUUUGGGUGCCAAAGUUCUGCCUCGGAGGAUGGAGAGGCUUCCCCCACCCCUUCCUGGAGUCCUGCCCAGAAGGUGGUUCCCCAAGACUCUUACUCCAACUUUUCUAGCAACAGCCCUGCCUCUUCCUGGGAGUGGGAUGGACUGAUGGGACUGGACUGGAAGCCGAGACUCAAUCAGCCCUUCUCCCCCUCUGCUCUGUGAAACCUCCACGGGUUCUGGGUCUCCAGCAAAAUCCAGUCCCUGUCUGAUGUCAGCUUUCAUUCAUUCUGACAAAGGGUCUCAAAGGUUCUGUAAAUCCUGUUGUAACCCUGCCCCCCUCCCUAAUUUAUCUGCUAUUGUAAAUCCACCCUUGUCCCUGUCCAGCUUGCUUAAAGGGAGAUCCACCCAGAUAAACACUGUCCAACCAGGAGCAACCCCUGUGCCUCAUUUCAUUGUCCCUGCCUCUUACAAAGCAAAGGAGGUGAAAC